GCAUUGUUACCAUGCACAGCCAGUAAGCUGGCAGUUCCAGUCUGACCAUACAGUGAAGUGGUGGUUUGUAAGAAGGUUGGCAUGGCAAUCACUCAGCAUCCGACUGUCGAUAACAACAGUGCGCAUCCUUAGCGACUGAACUGGCAUAUGAAUAAAGGGUUCACGCACGAAUGUUAUCUCCAACUGAACACUUCAUUCUCGUCCCCUGUUAUUACCGGCCCAGCCCCAAAGACGCGUGUAUCAACGAGCGAAUCAAGUCGGUGCCUUAUAAUUCAAGUGCUGUUUCCUGUAUCUUAGCACGCAACGUGAAUGGAGUGGAGCGAACACCAUCGGCCAUGAACCAUCGGAUGGAUUCCGGUCACGUGAACAAGGGAUUUUCUGCGAACGAGGAAUUCGACGGAAGCAUACAUUUUGACACACAGCACUACGAUGAAAUCGACUUGGGCUUUAAGGAGACCUCAGGCCACGACCUGGGCACCGUUGCAGGGGGGUGUGACGUCCCGUCUGACAAACAACGCACGCCGGAGGUCGUGGAGGACUCAGAGGCGAAAUGUGGUUGGUGUUUCUUCAGGCCGCUGUUCUUGCAGAGGUACAGGACAGCCAAAUGGGUUCUCUUCUGGCUGUGCUGGGCAGGAGCUGUUCAAGGAAUGGUUGUGAACGGGUUUGUGAACGUGGUGAUAACAACCAUAGAACGCCGGUUCGGUCUCCGGUCCUCGCAGUCAGGUCUGGUAGCGGGUGGCUACGACAUCGCAUCCUUCGCGUGCCUCAUACCUGUGACGUAUCUGGGCGGACGCCCUGGGGCUAGCAAACCCCGAUGGCUUGGUUGGGGCGUCCUCCUUAUGGGGAUUGGCUCCUUGGUAUUCACAGUCCCGCACUUUGCCGUGGGUCCGUACCGCGGCACUACUCAUCACUCCAGUACCUGCCAAAUUUUCAUAAAUACUUCCACUAAUACGGGCGACUGCAGCGACUUUGAAGAAGGUAGUGAGCAUCAUGCGAAUCACAUGUGGCUCUUUUUGGUCGGCCAGCUCCUACAUGGAGCCGGCGCUUCUCCACUUUAUACUCUGGGUGUCACAUUCAUCGACGAAAACGUAUCGAAGAAGAUGUCUUCGGUGUAUCUUGGUAUCUACUACACUACAGCCAUAAUUGGACCCGCCCUCGGCUACGUACUGGGGGGUCAACUGCUUAAGAUCUACACAGACCAUCUCUCCGUGGAUCCAACAGAACUGGGCCUAACACCAAACAGCAAUGUGUGGGUCGGCGCCUGGUGGAUAGGCUUCCUGCUCGCCGCUGUCAUGUGUACGAUUCUAGCAGUGCCACUUCUGGCUUUCCCGCCCGCGCUUCCAGGGGCCGCGGCGCUGCAGGCGGAGAGAGUGUCAGAGGCUCACGGGAACCGCAAGACGGAGGCCUUCACCAAGAUCAAGGAGCUACCUCGCGCGCUUCGCAGCCUCAUCGCUAACCCGACGUUCUUUUUCCUGAAUCUCGCGGGGGCCAGCGAGGGUCUGCUCAUCGCUGGGUUCGCCGCUUUCCUGCCGAAACUCAUCGAGAACCAGUUCAGCGUAAAUGCGAGCUCGGCUGCAUUGCUCAUGGGGCUGGUGACAGUGCCUGCCGGGGGCGGAGGGACGUUUCUGGGGGGCUAUUUGGUGAAACGCCUCAGUCUCCACUGCGCUGGAAUCAUCAGGUUCUGCGUCAUCGCCACUCUGAUUGGCGUGACGUUCACCGCGUGUUUCUUCUUGUCUUGUCCUAACCUCACAUUCGCCGGAGUUACGGACCCGUACGGAAAUACCAGCAAAGACCUGAAGCUUUCCCUGGAUAGCUCCUGCAACGCGGAUUGCGGAUGCAGUAGGACCCAGUUCGACCCCAUUUGUGGGCUAGACGACGUCAUGUACUAUUCUCCAUGUUAUGCGGGUUGCAUGCAUGAGAUCUCGCUCCACGAUUCUAAGGUGUACACCAACUGCUCAUGCAUAAACUCGACGGCCGGCAACUUGACAGUGAUCCUGGGUGACACAGACGAUGACCCGUCGACAUUGGAACGCGGUUUCGGUUCGUACCAGGCGAUCAACCGAAUGUGUGCGUCGCAGUGCCCUUACUUGUGGCCGUUUGUGGUACUUGUCUUCCUAACAAUGUUCUUCACAUUCCUCAGCACAAUGCCGGCUUUGUCGGCAACCCUCAGAUGUGUGCAGGAUGACCAGCGAUCGUUCGCUCUGGGCAUACAAUGGAUCAAGGUGCGUCUGAUAGGGACUAUUCCUGCGCCCAUGGUGUUCGGGGCGCUGAUCGACGAGACGUGCAUCCUAUGGCAGGAAUCGUGUUACGAGGAUGAAAACGGAGCCUGCCUCGUCUAUGACAACACGUAUAUGGGCAGGUAUGUGUUGGCUUUGGCUUUCAUAGGGAAAGCUGCCUCGUUACUGUUUUUCUUCUUAGCUUGGUGGUUCUACAUUCCACCAUCUGGAUUUAAGGAAACAUUGCAAACAGCGACACCUACGUCACCCGACGUCACAGACGAUGGUGUUGAUGGCAUGCCGACCGUCCUAAUGAACGGACAUACAAAUCAUAUAACAAUUCCUGGUGAUACUUGAGACAACCACAAACUGAAUAUUUAUUGUAAACCAAAGAAGUUACAUGUGCGUCAAUUCUGUUUCAUAAGUGAAAGAAAAUUCCUACAGAUGUUGAUCAACAUAGCAGGACAGUCUGAAAAUAACUCUAUAUGACUAUAUGUUUAUAUCUGUGAAAUGGAAUUACAUAAAUGUUUGUAAUGGAAGGUUUGUUAUGUUGAUGGAAUUGGUGUUCAAUUUACAAAGUGAAAUUCAUGAGGAAGGGAAAUUACAGCAAAAUAAUAUUAACGUAAAUUGAUGUCUUUAAUUUAUUUUACUUUAAAUGUGAUUAAUUACAUUUAAAUGUAGCAUCUAAUUUCCACAUUAAAAAUAUUUCCAUAUUCUACAUAUUUUAUAUUAAUUAAAUUCACAACAUUCUCAGUUUCUAAAUGAAACAGAGGGAUAAUCGUGAACCUCAAACUUAUUAUCAGUUUUGUGAAGGCGUUCGCUAUUACUGAUACCGUAUGGAUCGUGGAUAUGAAAGGACAUGGGAAACGACAUUUCCGUAUAAAUGUCCCUUGCUCAAAUUAAAAACUGCGAGAAGUAUAAAGGUUGAUAAAAUUUAGGAAAAUGUAUUGCAUAUUCUUAAGUGAGCCAGGUAGUGACGUGGGCUAAAACCACCGGUUUACUGGAAUCACAGGUUCAAAUUCAGCUUAGGGAAUCCGUGUCUGUUUACAUUUAUCUUUGUUACAUUACGGUGGUAGAAGUUUUGUGAUUGGCUCAUCCACUGUCCAAGAUGUCCUGUUUUGUGUCCCUCAAGACUGGUCACAAUAUAAACUGCAUUCAGUGUGGGGUCGUAAUAUGAACAUGGCAUUAUUUACAAUAUAAAACUUUGCUCCUAAUAAGAGCAUAACAAAUUAUCAUCCUUAAAAAUUAAUGCAAGAAGUUCUUCUACCUGUAUUAAUCCACACGUCAUUCUACAUAACAAUAGACAGUAUGGGGACAGAGAGAAAUGAAACAAUUCUGUUUAUAUACCGUCAUCUGACGCCAUGUUUCAAGAGAUAUGUGUGCAGAAUGAUCCCUAAAAUAUUAAUCUGUUUACGUUAAUGUAUCAAUACAAAGAAGAAGAGAUGAUUCUGUUAUAUUGUGACAUACGGUGGAAUAUUCUACAAAACAAACUUCUUUAAGCUUUUAGUGUGUAUGUGUUUUAAGUGUGCAAACGUAAACCUUGUAUUUCAUGUUACUCAGUUAAAAGUGUGUUUGUGUAAGAUUUUUAUAAUAAAAGGCAUUUCUUGCAUUAUAA